AUGGUGAGUGCAAGUUCCGUCAUAGACUGACCACUGACUCGUAUACUACACCGCCUGGGAAAAAUUAUAUUUGUCAAUAGUCCAAAUGCUCGGCAGCAUAAACUAAACUAAUUAAGAUAACAGUUAAUAUACGGGCUCUACACAGAUUGAGCGUGGCGCUCGGCGGGAGGCCUUCACGUAAAAAAGGAUGCGCGCACGCGACUUUUGUUCAUACGUACUUUGAGAUGAUCCGAGUCGCGUGUGUGUGUUUGUGGACUUGUGCGCUGUUCGCUUUAACAGUUGCCCGUAUCUACGAAAGAUGCGAGUUGGCAAGAGAGCUCAUGAGCUUGGGAGUUGACCACGGCGACAUCGCAACUUGGGUCUGCAUCGCAUUUCACGAAUCGCGCUUCGACACAGCCGCCAACAACCCGCACAGCGGCGAUCACGGUAUUUUCCAAAUCAGCGAGCUUUAUUGGUGUGGGCCUGGUAAGGCUUGCGGUCUACCUUGUUCUUCGCUCCGAAACGAAGACAUAAAAGAUGAUUUACAAUGCGCUUUGCAAAUACACGAAGAACAUACCAGACUUCAAGGUAACGGUUUUCUUGCCUGGGUCGUAUAUCCUCAACAUUGCAAGCAAAACACAAAAAAAUAUGUCGUCGACUGUGAUUACCAACCGAAAUAUAAUACAGCUCCUCUAAGAAGUGAAAUCAGAUCGUUUCCUACGUUUUAUGAUGAUAUCUUCCAAAGGAAUGAGACUCGAUCUAUCAACAGAUAUCCAGAAAGCAAUACUCAAUUGCCUCCAUAUCUGAUAAUUAGUGAAAUAUAUAGGGCGAGUUAUGGAAAACAAAUGGACUACAAAAAAGGAAAAGGUGAUUGGAAGGAUUACAAGAUUGAAAAUAUAGAUGAAUUGAAACUGCCUGUUUUCGAGAAAGAAUCAGACGUAUUAACUAAGUCCACCAUAUCGACGACCACUUCUACAACAAAAUACUAUCCUCCAGUUGUACCUUGGCGAACGUUGGAAACGGAUCAAUUCCGACCAAAAGCAAAACAAAGCACCUUAGCAAAUCUGAAAUUUUCUACAGUCGCAACGACAACACCGACAACCUUACGUACUUACAUCACUAGCACUACAACGAGGCCCACAACUGCUAUAACAGCUAAAUACUGGACACCUAUAACAGUUUCAUCACAGUUUCAAAAGUCUCAGGGUACCACAAAUACCAUUGGCGAACUGGGCCCAUUCACAAACAAUGGGUUUUUAUUUUCGCAACCCAAAACAAUUCAACCAACCCAAAAAACAUUUACAACCACUGUAAAACCAAUUUUUGCAGUAGGAUCUCGUUUUAGUCCAGUUUCAUUUAUAUCAAGAAACACCGACUCUACAACGUUUACAUUUAAAACUACAACGCCAAAGCCCAUUUUAACAUUCAGCUCAGCUACUGCGAGACCUGAGUCGCGCUUUGCAUAUUCGCAAUAUAGUACAUUGGUUCCGUCUACUACAAAACGUUCACCGACAGUGAAAUCAAAAUUAACUCCUUCUGCUGUGAACAAAAAUGGAAUAAUAAGUACUACACGUGCUCCGGUAGUUAAAGCGUCGACGCAAUCGAUAUUCGAUUUGUAUCUCAACCCUACAACAAAAGCAAAGCUGCCAUCGUAUGACGAGUAUGCCUCACUCAACAGCGGGAAAUACAACGUGAAAAUAUUCUCUGGGGGAACAACAACUUCAUCGCCAUUCGAUUUAACCGCUCGGAAUCAUAAAUCACCAGAUGAUGGAAAAUCGAGAAAUCAAAUUAGAAGACAAAUACUCACUCAGUAAUAAGCCCAUAACUAGUUAUGCGUGGUAGUAUAAAUCUCUAUUAAGACACCCUAUUAACUAUGUUAUGCUUAUUUAGAUUAUUUAGAGCACUGCGAAUUUAUUAUUCUAGAUAAUAUAAUUUUUUUUACCACUUUUGAAACAUUAGAUCUUGGCUUAAUACACAUUGUGGUUCUAUUAGCCAAGUAGCGGGUUGUCCGUAACACUUUUCCUAUCUAUAAAUACACAAUUACUAAAUAUUGUGAAUAAAUAAUGCAUUUUAUAGAAAUAAAAGUUUUUGUGAUUA